AUAUUGUGUAUCAGGCUUCAUCUCCUGAUGAAGGUGCCCUUGUUAAAGGUGCUAUGACUCUGGAUUAUAUAUUCACGACUCGUCGCCCAAAUUCUGUAAAUGUACUGAUUAAUGGUGUGGAUUAUGAAUACGAGCUUCUUAACAUUUGUGGAUUUAAUAGUACACGUAAACGUAUGUCUAUAGUUGUUCGUGGUCCGGACGGAAAAAUAACUUUGUAUUGUAAAGGUGCGGAUACUGUAAUUUUGGAACUUUUGAGUGAUAAUAAUCCAUUUGUCGAGCAAACAAUACAACACCUUGAAGAUUAUAUUGCUGAUGGUCUCAGAACUCUCUUCAUUGCAAUGCGUGAAAUUUCGGAUGAGGAAUACCGAGUGUGGUCUACUGUGUACGAAAAGGCAUCUACAUCUUUGGUAGACCGUCAGGAAGAACUUGACAAAGCUGCUGAAAUGGUUGAAAAAAAUCUAUUUCUGUUGGGUGCUACCGCAAUUGAAGAUAAAUUGCAGGAUGAUGUUCCGGAAACAAUUAGUACACUUCAACAAGCUGGUAUUAAAAUUUGGGUCCUUACGGGUGAUACGCAAGAAAAUUCUGUACAGAUUGGGUUUAAUUGCAAACUAUUUAAUGAGAAAACGACUCUGAUCCUAGUGAAUGAAGAAAGUCAUUGGGAAACAAAGGAGUUUUUGGAGAGACGAAUUCAAUCGCUUAAAGGUCUAGUUAAUCCGGAUGCUGAACCUCUUGCUCUUGCUAUAGACGGUCGUACACUUGAAUUUGCUCUUGACAAGGAAAUUGAAGGGGUUUUCCUUGAGCUUGCAACUAUGUGCAAAGCAGUAUUUUGCUGCAGAGUGUCACCACUUCAAAAAGCAAAUGUUGUAAAACUAGUGAGACGCCACCUUAAAGCUAUUCUUUUAGCCAUUGGUGAUGGUGCAAAUGAUGUUCCUAUGAUCCAAGAGGCUCAUGUCGGCGUUGGAAUUAUCGGCCUUGAAGGAACACAAGCAGCUCGUAAUGCAGAUUACGAAUUUCAAGAUGGGUUUUCGAGUCAAGUAAUUUACGAGUCAUGGACAGCCAUGUAUUAUAAUAAUGUCCUAUUCGCUGUAUUUUCAGUAGCACCGGUACUACCGGCAGUGAUUAAGGGUGUAUGUGACCAAUACAUAAGCGCAACAAUGUUGGACCGGUACUCACAAAUCUACAAAUAUGGCAUAGAAAGUGAAUCUUUUAAUGUCAGAAACUUCUGGAGAUGGGUACUCAACGCUCUUUUUCAUUCUUUAGUAAUAUAUUUGGUGUCUACGUUUAUUUUCUACGAUGACUUAGUUUUAAUGAAUGGUCAGAUAGCAGGCCAUUGGUGCUGGGGCACGGCGGUGUACACAUCAGUUUUAGUAACUGUCUUAGGAAAAGCUUUGUUGAUAACAGAUAAAUGGACAAAAUACACUAUAAUUAUUGCCAUUAUUGCUGUUCCUGGAUCUUUUAUUUUUGGGAUGGUUUUUUGUUUUCUUUAUAAUCUGGCCACAUCAAUGUUUAAAAUCACGGAAGAAUAUGACAACACCAUUCCUAAGUUAUUAUCGAGUCCUAUAUUUUAUUUCUUUAUUCUUCUUGUUCCGGCUAUAUGCUUACUGAGGGACUAUACAUGGAAAUAUAUUAGUCGUAUGUAUAGAGUAAGACCAUACCACAUUAUACAAGAAAUUCAACAUUUCAAUUUUCCAGAUUAUAGACCGCGAGCUGAACAAUUUUCAAAAGCGAGACGAAAAGUCCGUGCAGUAAAUCGCCUGCGAAAACUCCGUGGUUUUGCAUUUUCCCAAAAUGAAUCUGGUCAAGAAUCACGUCUUAUCAGUCUUUAUGCCACCACAGAAGUGAUAGGAGCAGACAUUUAUGGUUUUGGUAUUAUUAUGGCUGAAAUAGACUAUCUCAUAUAA